AGCAGAUUACGAGAGAGAGAGGCAACUAGCCUCAAGAAAAUUCGUCGGAAAAUCUGACGAAUCGCUUCCUGAGGUGAAAUGGCUCGUAUUCCAUUGGGUUAUCAUCUUGUGAAGCAUUUUCCUAAAUGUGGGAACAGAGAUCUCUGGUACAAAGGGUACAUCCUGGUUCUGACAUUCCUAGCUUACACCACAUACCAUCUAUCAAGAAAACCUAUUGGGGUUGUAAAGGGUGUUCUGCACUCAAACUGCUCCAAGUACGAUGACGAUGAUGCUAGCAUCCCAUUCUUUCCCGUCUUUGAGAGCAACAGCAGCAAUGUUAACGAUAGCUGCUGGUGCUGCUGGGCCCCCUUUGGUGGUGGAAAUGCCAACAUACUCUUAGGGAGUCUGGACUAUGCCUACCUGUUUGCCUACGCUGUUGGAAUGUUUGUAAGUGGUCACAUCGGUGAGCGCGUGGAUUUGCGGUACUUCCUGUCGUUCGGGAUGAUCGCUUCCGGGUUCUGGACGGCGAUGGUCGGCAUGGCUUACUUCUGGAAUAUCCAUAGCUUCUACUACUUCAUCAUCAUGCAGAUCAUAGGCGGUCUAUUCCAGGCUACCGGAUGGCCGAGCGUGGUGGCGAUAGUCGCCAACUGGUUUGGAAAAGGAAGGAGAGGACUGAUUUUGGGUGUCUGGAACACCCACACCAGCCUCGGGAACAUCUUAGGCUCUCUGGUGGCAGGGAUAUUCGUGGACAAAGCUUGGGGCUGGUCCUUCGUCGUUCCCGGUUUCAUCAUCGGGGGGAUGGGGGUCAUCAUCUUCCUCUUCCUCAUAGUUUAUCCUUCUGAUAUUGACUGCAAGCCAACCAAUAGUUUACCGGUACCAUCCCCUGAUCCUAAUGAAUAUUCAGAUGAUGGAGAAGCAGUUCAUUCGAGGAGAGAGGAACAGGCUAAACCAGAAGAUAUAAAGGCAAUCACAUUUUGGGGAGCUCUUCAAAUUCCAGGUGUGAUCGAGUUCUCCCUCUGUCUCUUCUUUGCCAAACUAGUCAGCUACACAUUCCUGUAUUGGUUACCUGCGUACAUUCAUUCAACAUCCCAUGUGACUGACGAGAGAGCCGCCGACCUUUCAACUCUGUUUGACGUUGGUGGAAUCCUAGGGGGAAUCUUUGCUGGUUUCCUAUCAGACAUGGCAGACUGCAGCGCCACCGUUUCUUUCAUCAGUUUAAUUAUAGCUGCACCUUUAGUUUACGUCUAUAAUGCAUAUGGAUAUAUUAGUUUUACAGUCAGUAUAACACUGAUGGCUAUAACAGGGUUCUUUGUAAAUGGACCAUAUGCUCUGAUAACAACAGCAGUAUCUGCAGAUCUGGGUACACAUCCAUCUUUAAAAGGCAAUGCAAAAGCAUUGGCAACAGUCUCAGCAAUCAUAGAUGGUACUGGGACGAUAGGGGCAGCUGUAGGCCCCCUUCUCACUGGUGUUUUAAACCCUAACAACGAUGCAGAAGGCUGGUAUAAGGUCUUUCUCAUGUUGGCUGCUGCAGAAAUAGUUGGAGCUUUGCUGAUGGUUCGGCAGGUCAUAAAAGAAGUCCGCAAUUUUUGCAGAAAAUCAACCGUGUACCAACCUCUAAACUCCGCCCCCAAUGAUUUUGACGGGUUAUUAGACCUUCAACGCUACUCCAAGAAACAGGAUAUUUGUAAACAUGUACUCCAGACGGAAGACUCCGCCCCUCUCAUACUCCACCUUUCCUUCUCAAACAGGAAUACCGCCCUCUACGCAGAGACCAGUUUAGCGGGCCCUGAUUUUUAGGCCCGUGGGAGACUCUUUAAUAGUGAGCUUCACUUAGAGUCUUCCGGAUUAAUGGAUGAUCACUGACACCACGGAACAUACACGCUAGAUGGGAUGACAAGUACUGCCAUGGUUGCUGCCAUUUUUUAAAUCUCGCACUCACACAUGAUUUGUAAACCUGUUUUUUAGUUUGACUUCAUACAUCGGGGUGGGGAGGGGGAGGGGGUGUCACAUUGAGCACCAUACAUCAUCCGCGUACAUCACUUUUUGAAAUGUUCCCUAAAUGAGGGUCGAAUCCUAGAGUAGUUUUGAUCCUAUACUGUACAUGUUAAAGAUGUUCAUGCAUGGGUAUAUAGUUGUUCGUGAAGUAGGCAACUUGGCGAUCACUACAUAACACUGAGCCAACGGAUAUUACGCUCCUGUGCAUAUGUCCCUGUGCUGCCCUCUAUAAACCCACGCAUGAGCAACUU